AUUUCAAACAGAGAUAAGUUUAAGAGCGUAUCCUAUUGAAAAUGAUGAAUACCUACAAGUGCGAAAUUUCAAUGUGGUCAAAGAUGACUUAUUCGCAUUUGGUAAAAGGUUUGAGAUUACGAUGGAGGAUGAUCCGAACAUAUAUGGAAACUUGAGCGAUAAGUAUAAUGCAGAAGACCUUGGUCGCACUCUUCGUCAAGGCCUGGAAGAUCUAUUCUUGUCACAUAGUGCCGGUAUAUUAAUAACAGGUGGACAGUCAUUCGGGGUGAUGUACUACAAUGACAAAUAUUACUUCAGCAAUUCUCACUCUUGUGGUCAAAAGGGAUCCAGGGCAAAUGACAGCAAUGGAAAAGCUUGCAUUAUCGAUUGCGAUAAUUUUGAAGAGAUGGUGAGAAUUUGUAAACGUACAACAAGCAGUAAAAACCAAGAGUACACUCUUGAUUACAUUGACGUCGAAGUCUUUGACAUAAAUGAUGAACUUGGGGAAACAGUGUCACAGCAGAGUAUUGCGACG